ACAACAAAGCAAGAGGACGAAUUGAUGAAUGAUGAAUUGGGGAUCUAGGGUUCUAAGCUUGGAACGGUGAGUGUCUGAGUGAAACUGUGAGAGACUGAGUGUGAGUAUAGAUCGCGUGAAGGAACAAAGGGAUCAGAAUUGAGAUCGGCCUAUCCGGUGUGCUCGAGUUCAUGUUAGGACUAUAGACUCAAAAAUCAACCAAUCAAAUGCCAUAUAAAUAGAAAAGUAAGAAAAAUAGAAUAAAUGAAAUUAAAACGGGACGGGACGGGUCUUUUCGGGAUUCCAAGUUUCCAAACCGAAGCCCGUCCCGUUAAAACGGGACGGGACGGGACGGGACCAAAUAGUUAAUUUUCAGGAUUUCAAACCGUCCCGUCCCGCCAGUUUUCGGUACGGGACCGGUUCGGGUUCGGGAUUUCGGGUUCAAGUGCCCACCCCUACCCAAAUUUAUAAAGUGAUCAAUGAGGUACCCAGACUUUUGAAAACACAUUAUCGAGAUACCUUUAUCAUUUUAUCGUCACGGCUCUGUUGCAAGAGACCAUGUGUCAUGCACGUGAUAAAAUAUCGAGGGCCAUUUUCGUCUUUUACUUUUCUGACUAAACCUAGAGGUAUCAAGUCUUCGUCAUUUCCUCUGAACCCAAUACAAAAAUAAAAUUCAGAGUUUUAAGAAAAGGGUUUCUCAAAAAGGAAUUCAAACAGAGUUUUCUGAAAAAGCUUUCGAAAUCUUUUGAAAAAGACUCUUUUGACAAGAUUCGCGAAUAAUCUCUCUAAUAUUGAUUGAUGGGGGAUUGCUGGAGGUUCUUUAGGGUGUCUGGACCACGACCAUCUCAAAACUUGUGUGAAAUAUGCAGUUUCAAAUGAGUACUUCACCAUAGAGAUACACCAUGGAGGUUAUUUCGACAAGAUGCCCGAUGGGACAAAGAAGUAUAAAAUAGCUAAGUUCAAUAAGUUGGGUGGAGUCUUGUAUUAUGAUGGAUUGGAUCCUGAGAAGCUUACAUGGGUAGAGCUCAAUAACAUUGCACGGGAAUUAGGAUACAGAGAGAAACCAAUAUCCUAUUGCUACAAGCUACCGGGACAUUAAGCUGUGAGGGAUGGAUUCCUGUGAAGAAUGAUGCCGAUGCUGCAGAGAUGACAAAGCAAAUAUCAAAGAAGAAAAGACAAAUCAGCUUGUAUAUCACUGGCGGUGGUAGAAGGAAGAAAAAUGAGGCUGAGUUGGAUGAUGUAGUACCAAGGCCUUCUAAUUGGCAUAAUCCUUUGAAUAAUGUGCUACCAGCAGAGAAAAUAAAUAUUGAUGUGUCUGCUAAUUUGGUGGCUAGCCAAAUAAAUAGGUCAUACAUGGAAAAGGUUGUAGGGUUUGGUGUAAGAAGUAGUGUAAAUGGCAGGAGGGAUGAUUUGAUAAUUAAUGACAAUGGUGUUAAUGAGGGUGUGCUUGGUGAAGGGUUGAAUGUAGUAAAAAAUGAUAGUGAGGUGGGUAGAGAUUUGUCUGAAGUAGUAAAUGAAAGUAGUGUGGUGGAGAAUGCAGUCAAAGUUGGAAAUGAAGAUGAAGGUAACUUAAAUACAUUUAAUGUUACUGUGAGAUGGCCUACAUUCAAAAAGAGUGCAACCAGACAAGAAAAAGGCAAAGCUGCAAUCAUUGAAGCACCAUUGGAGGCUAGUGGAUUUAAGAAGAAAGGUAGACAAGUUAAGGGUUCAAAGUAUAAAACAAGAAACGAAGGAAAAAAGAAGUAUGACAAGGUAGAUUCUGAUGAUGGUAGUGGGGGUUCAGAUUUUUUUAUCGAUAGUGAUUAUGAGCAAGACCAAAAAGAUGAUGAUGUUGAUUUUGAAGAGAAUGUUGCAAACCCAGAAAGAGUGGAGGAGUAUGAUGAGAUGGGCUACAAUGGUUUGUGUUUUGAUGAUGAAGACAACACUAAUGAAUUGACUUCAUGGGAUGGAUCUGAAACAGAAGAAGAUGAUGAAGGCAAUCUGCUUCCAAAGAGUUUAGAAAAGAAAACAAAAAUUAAGGCAUGGAACAGAGCAGUAGACUUGAGGAAUCCAAACUUUUGUGUUGGCCAAGCUUUUCCAAAUGUAGAGGAGCUUAGAGAAGCUGUGCGUGAGUAUUCUCUUAUCUAUCAAAGAGGAUUGUGGUUCCAAAAAAACAAUAGACAGAAGGUUGAAGUUAGAUGUCAAUGAGGGUGCCCAUUUUGGCUGUAUGCUUCUAAAAUUGACAAGAAUGUCCCCACAUUAUAUAUCAAGACAUUGAGGCUUGCUCACAAGUGUCACCCAAUACAAACCAGUCAUCAUUUGAACAGUAGAAGGGUGGCAAAAGAUAUUGUAGCAGAUCUGAUGGUGGAUGAUCAAUGGUCAAGGAAGGGGAUUCAGAAUGUUAUUCAAAAGAAGUACAAGCUAGAUAUUACUGUGCAAACAGUUUUUAGGGGUAGAGCAAUGGCAAAAAGAAUGAAUGAUGGACACUACACUGAUCAAUACAAUAAGUUGGCGUCAUAUCGAAAAGAGUUAUUAAGGAGCAAUCAGGGAUAAACUAUUACCAUAAAGACCGAGAUGGAUGGUGAAAUAAGGAGAUUUUAGAGGAUGUAUGUGUGCCUUGCUGCUUGCAAAGAGGGUUGGAAGAAAGGCUGCAGACCAAUCAUAGGCUUAGAUGGGUGCCAUAUCAAGGGGCAGCACUCAAGUCAAAUUCUAUCGGCCGUUGGCAUUGAUGCCAAUAAUGGGAUGUACCCCAUUGCUUAUGCAAUAGCAGAGAGUGAAAACUAUGAGACUUGGAAAUGGUUUUUAGAAUAUCUCAUUGUAGAUCUAAAGCUUGAAAAUGGAUUGCACUAUGCUUUUAUCACAGACAAGCAGAAAGGGUUGCAAAAUGCCAUUGCAGAAUUGAUUCCCGGAGCUGAACAUCGACAUUGUGUGAGACACUUGUACAAUAAUUUCAAGUCUAAACAUCCGGGUGAGGGCUUAAAGCAAACUAUGUGGAAUGCAGCAAGAUCUAGUACACCGGUUUGGUACAACAAGAAUAUGGUAGAGAUGCAAGCACAAUCUGAAGAUGCAUACAAAUGGUUUGAAGAUAAGUCCCCUUCACAUUGGAGUCGGUCACAUUUUAGAACCAAUUCUAAAUGUGACAUACUAUUGAACAAUCUUUGUGAAUCAUUUAAUGAUGCUAUCUUACCAGCAAGGGACAAGCCUCCAUUGGCUAUGAUGGAGAGUAUAAGGAUGAACAUGAUGACCCGAAUGGCAAAUAGAAGGGUUGCCUGCACUAGAUGGAAAGAUUCGGUGGGUCCCAGGGUUGCAAAAAUAAUUGACAAGAUUGGUCAAUACACAUCCAAUUAUAGAGCAAGUUACUGGUGAGUUUUGGUACCAAGUUACUGGUGAAAAUGCAACUAGCUUGCAUUCUGUUGAUUUAGGACGGCGUAUAUGCACUUGUAGAAGGUGGCAGUUAAGUGGAAUCCCAUGUGUUCAUGCUAUAUGCGCAAUUUUUAAGAAGAAAGAGAAUCUUGCAUUAUAUGUUGACGAGUUCCAUCACCCACAAAAGUAUUUGGAUUCCUACAAUCCAAUCAUUUUUCCCAUUGCUGGUGAUGAUGACUAGGAGCAAGUUGAUUAUCCAAUUGCUCCUCCACUUUAUAGGAGGCAAGCAGGUCGACCUAAGAUGAAGAGGAACAAAGAGUCUGGUGAGAAAUUGGCACCUCCUGCGCCUGAAUCUGAUGGCACCAUUAGAAUGCCUAAAAGCCAAUAUGGGACGAAGAUGACAUGCAUAAUAUGUAACCAGAAGGGUCAUAACAAGAAGGGUUGUCCAACAAAAAUGUCUAAAUCUGGUGAAGGUAGCUCAAGGGAUGGCCAAGCAAGAAAGAGGCAGAAUAAUGAUCAACAGGCCAAGAGAGCAGCUGCUCCAAAGAGGUCUAAGAAUGCCAUUCCUCAGGUCAUCACAUCAAAAAUGACAUACAAAAAAAGAAAAGCAGCUGAGGAAGCAUCAUCGUCACAUGUUGUGCAACCAAA